AUGAAUAAAUACAUAAUAUUGUUGAUACUUUGCAGUAUAGGCUUUAGUGCUAGUUAAACAUAGUAAGAGAAAUUCUUUUGCAAAUAAUGUCAUCAUUUUGUUCACACUGUUCAAAAGGUUGAACACUUUUGGGAUAAAUCGAUUGUCUGGUUUUUGGAACUUGUUGCAGAAGGAUAUUGUGCUUAUGCUAAAAUAGAAAAGUUUUCUGUAUGCAAAGGAGCUAUACAUGAAAUGACACCUGUCAUUUUUGAAGGAAUCUAAACAAGAUUUUUGGAUGAAGAUUUCAUUUGUCCAUUAAUUAGAUGGUGUCCUAAGGUUUAUGAAGAAUUGAAACUAGAAGAUUAUAUUUCAAAUAUUCUUAAAGAUAAACCAGAAAACACAUAAUGGCCAGAAAUUGAUAGAACUGAUACUAUUGAAAUCAUACAUGUAAGCGAUAUACAUACGGACUUAUUUUAUAAAGAAGGAAGUGCUUAAAAUUGUGAUGAACCAUUAUGUUGUAGAGAAGGAUUUAAACUUAAGGAUUAUAAUCCUAAAAAAGCAGGGUACUGGGGAAGUGCUGCUGUUUGUGAUUUACCUGAAAGAACUUUUGAAUAAUUUGUAAAUUUCUUGAAAACUGAUGUUAUAAAACCAGAUAAGAGAACAUUCUUAUUUUGGACAGGAGAUAAUGUUCAGCAUGAUGUUUGGAAGUAAGGAAGAGAAUAUAAUAUUAUUAAUUCAAAAAGAAUUACAGAAAUUUUUAAAAAAGCUAAUUUGGGUAUAACGAUAAUACCUUAAGUUGGGAACCACGAAAUGUUUCCAGUUGAUUAAUAUGAUUAUAUGACUGAUAAGGAUAGUAAUUUAAGAGUUGAAUUUUCAAAUAUGUGGAGAGAAUGGCUAGGAGAUGAAACUGCACAAUUUUUCAAAGAAAAUGGAUUUUAUGCUAAAGAAUUUGAUAACCUUAAGGUUAUUGCCUUUGAUUCACAAAUUUGUAAUCCUGAUAAUUGGUAUCUUCUUAAAGACCCAACAGAUCCAACUGGGUUCUUAGAUUGGGCUGAAGAAGAGCUGAAGAAAUCAGAAAAAAAAGAUUAAGCUGUCUAUUUUACUGCUCAUAUUUUCACAUAAGAAUGCAUGGUGCCUUGGGCUAGGAGAUUUAAUGCUUUAGUUGAAAGAUAUGCCUACAUAGUUAGAGGAUAAAUUUAUGGGCAUGCUCAUGGAGAAUUUUAUAAUUUAUACAAAGAUCAAAAUGGAAAACCAAUGAAUAUUGCUUAUAUAAGUUCAUCAUUAACUACAUAUAAUAAUAAAUUACCCAGCUUUAGGAAAUAUAUAGUCGAUGCAAAAACAAUGAUUCCAUUAAACUAUUAUGAAUAUCGUUUAAAUUUGGAUAAAUACAAUUAUAUUGGGAAGGAUGCUAUUUUAAAAUGGGACAUUGCUUUCGAUUUUCUUUCUGAAUAUGGAGUAACAACAAUGUACCCAUCUGAUUUGCAGGCAAUCACCGAACGAUUAUUCACAGAACCUGAACUAGUCAAGAAAUUUGAUUUCAAUUAGAAUUCGGGUACUGGGCUUAGUGGAGAUACUGUAUUAUUUCAUUUAUAUUUAGCCUUAAUACUUAUAUUGUUUAUUAAAUAACAGCAUUAAGGACGAUCUGAAAGUUUGCAAAGGUGAGACUCUUACAAAAGAUUGGACAUAAUACAUUUCACCAGGAUGGAGAAGGAGGAUUGUUACUUCGGAUAAGAAAGUAGAAAAGAAAUCUAAAAAAUAAAAGAAAUAGAAAAAAUGA